CCACAUACACAUACACAUUACACACACUCUCUCUAUCUCUCUCUGGUCCAAGUUGUCAAAACUCACCUCCAACCUGUUCCACCUGUCUCCCUUUGGCAGAGUAGCAGCAUCAAUCAGCAACAACAACAACAGAGCUUCUUCACACACACACUGUGAUCGCCAAUGCAGACGAGAACGGUUCAAGUGAAGCAUCUUUCAGAUCUAGCUGGUGAGAGAGAGAUUCACGAAUUCUUUUCAUUUUCCGGAGAAAUCGAACACAUUGAGAUCCAACGUGAGUCCUCCGGGAAGCAAUCAAAGACAGCAUUUGUGACAUUCAAAGACCCUAAAGCCCUUGAAAUCGCAUUAUUGUUAUCGGGAGCAACAAUAGUGGACCAGAUUGUGAGUAUAACUCAAGCUGACAACUAUGUAGCAAAACGUGAGACACAGGAAGUAAGGCUGGUGGACGAUGCCUUGUGUGUUACUCCUGCUGAAAAUGCUUCAACUGUUGAGCAGGACAGCUCUAACCUUCCAAACAAUGGAAGAAUGUAUGUGAAUAGAGCACAGGAUGUAGUUGCAAGUAUGCUAGCAAAAGGAUCAGCUAUUGGACAAGAUGCCAUGAACAAGGCUAAAGCAUUUGAUGAGAAGCAUCGGUUGACAGCUAGUGCAUCAGAGAAGGUUGUUUCCUUUGACAGGAGAGUUAGGCUUACAGAGAAAUUAACAGUUGGGAUCUCUGUGGUCAAUGAAAAAGUCAAGUCCGUCGAUCAAAAGCUUCAUGUGUCAGAUAAAACGAUGGCUGCAAUAUUUGCAGCAGAGAGGAGAUUGAAUGACACGGGAUCAGCUGUUAAAACAAGCAGGUAUGUUACUGCCGGAGCAGCCUGGUUCAAUGGUGCUUUUAGUAAGGUGGCAAAGGCAGGGCAUGUUGCAGGUACAAAAACGAGAGAGAAGUUCCAUUUGGCGGUGUCAAACUUGACCACAAAGGAACCUCCAAUUGCAGCUUAAACCAGGGACUUGGUGUUGAAGACAGUAGUUGGAUUUUGAUAAUGAAUGCAUUGCCAUGUUGCUCUAUCACCAAUUAAGGUAUUGGGAUAGUUUUUUUUUUUUUUUUUUUUUUUUGGGGGUGGGGGUGCCGCAUUGGAAUUUAAGUUGGGUCGCCGGCUUGGUGUAGAGAAUGUGUGAUGUGUGAGUGUAGUUAUGUAUUUCAAUAUUUUUGUAUUUGUUAUAUUCUUUUACAAUGACAACAUCAUUCUCGCUGGGAAUGAUUAUUCUCUUUAAUUCGAUUUCAUCAAGAAGCUUUAACUAUC